AUGUCUGCGGCCACCGACACGAUGGUAACCAUAACAACAACACCGGCAGACACUCAUGAGUGCAAUAAAGUGCCAAAAUUGCCGCCAAAUGGGAGACAAUCGUUGGCCACCAGCGGCGGUAAACACCGAUUGACAGCCACUUCGGGUUCACCGGCGAAGACAUCGCUGCGAAUCAGAUCCGCGUCCGUCGGGAGGUCGCGGGACGUGGAGCUGAGGUGCAGAUACUGGGCCUUCCUAUUCGAUAACCUGAACCGCGCGGUGGACGAGAUCUACCAGAACUGCGAGUCGGACGAGUCGGUGGUGGAGUGCAAGGAGACGCUCAUGGUUUUGGACAACUAUAGGCGCGAAUUCACGGCACUCAUAGAGUGGCUGAACCUCAAGAGCGACUACGAGUCCACACCGCAGAGGGACAGACCCUCGUCACUGGCCUGGGAGGUCAGGACCUCCAUGACCUCCAAUCAGAUGAUCUAUUGGAACAGGUUUUUCGGCAGGAAUUCCGAAGUGACCACUAAUAGCGUGAAUACAUCGCCGCAGAAGUCGUUGAAUACGACCAAUAAAACUAAGGAUCAGAUGAAUGGCGGCGAAGAGAAGGAGAAUAAUUCGCCGGAACCGGUGGUCAACAAAGACACCAAUGGAUCAGUUGCUGACAAUAAUGUCAAACCGGUGGCGCCGUCCGUGAGAAGGAUUGCCGAAGAGUCCGAUGCAAAGCCUAUUGUCUCGCCUAAGGCUACGAUCAAGUCUUCGGUGUCCACUCCAACGCUCAAUACAGUCACCACUUCCUCGACGUCGAAGCCAUUGAAUCCAUUGGCUCAGACAUUCAAAUCUCGUUUACAUCCGAUGGCGCCGACCAGUACGACAGCGCCGGCACCUAAGGCCGUGUCCACCGCAGCACCGGCUGCUCAGCAGAAGCCCAUACUCAUAGUGCCGACUACUGCCGCCACCGCCGCCCCCACUGUUAAGAAGUCUACGUCACAGACAAUAGUCUCUGAGAACAAGUCGGCGCCUAAACCGGUGUCCACUCAACAGACCACUGCCCUGAAGACCAGUUCCGCACCGAUCACUACAACAAAU